AUGAUUAGUAUUUACAAAAGGGAAAAGCUUAAAAAACUAUCAGAAUAUACAGAUACCCCUGACGGAGCAAUUUCUUUGUUUGAAGGGUUGUCAUUAGUUGAUUAUAUUGUUGCGGGAGAAACAGUAUGUAUUAGUGAGCAUAGACAACCUUGUAAAAAUUGUCUUGGAUUACUGAACGUUGCAAAGGUAGUUGCUAAUGAAGGACACUGGAAAAUGAAAGAUGCAUUUAAAUGUUUAGCUGAACAUGUACAACCUUGUGAAGCAUGUCCUGAGAAAAUCACAAAUAAUGUGAAUGAAACCUGUAACAAACCCAAAAUGUGUUCAGACCCAAUAAACAUGGCCAACUAUUCUUCGCAGCAUGCUAAGAGAAAGUUCCUUCAGAUGCCACUUGCUGCUAUUAAUGUGAAAAGUGGAAGCAAAGAAUCAGAAACUUUCCUUGUUGACAAGCAUGCAAACCUAACUUUGCUGCGCAGUCUUUUACAGAAGUUGCUUGAAAAACGCCAAGACAACAAUUUAUUAAACAUGGAGACUUUCAAGGCACUUAUUGAAAGUUGUAGCUCUGAUGCAGAACGCGAGAAGUUGCGUUUUACGGUUGCAGAGACAACUGGAUUAUCACAAAGACAACUUACAAAUCAGUUUGGAAUUUCUAAUUGCAUUAACAGGAAGGCCAGAAUUGAGCAUGCUCUGGCACGAGCUUUGGAGAUUCGGAAGAAUGUAGAAAAACUAAGUCAGAUUAGAGAACAAGCAGUGUUAAUGUCUCUUGGAUUUGAUGUGGCUGAAAUUGACUCUGAUGAUUCCUCGUCCGAAAGUGAAUCGGAUCCAGAUGUUGAAGUUGAAAAUGAUUUAAUACUACAACAAUCUCUAACGAAGAGAGUUCCAACACAUCAGUAUUGUGAAAACGAAGAGGAAUUAGACACAGCGACAGCGUUAUUCCAAAAGUGUAAAACUCAGAAAUUACUGUCCUGCUUGAAAGAUAAUCAUUUCAACUGGAUUUCAUUU